AGUUGCGACGUCGGUCACUCGCGCGUCGCGUCGUUCAACCAACACGUGAAGGAAAAAGACGAGAAACCACUACCUCUAUUUUCUCAACAAACAAAAUUCAGGCACUUCGGACGAGGUUUCAACGCGCGCAUGCGCACCGAUCGCGCAUCAUCGCAGGGGAAGAGUUUCUGCUAGAGACACUGACUGUGCGCCGAGAUGACACCUGGAUGACACCGAUUAGUGACUUCUGGUUCUUGUGUGACAUGUGUGUCUCGUUUCGCUGCGAUGAGACGACGUAACGGUAGAUUUCCUCAAAUUGCUCGAUGUCACAAUAUAAAAGAGUCAUUGAUUCAUUGGAAUAUCACAGAUUGGUCAAGGAUGUCAGUCUGCGGACGAUCAGAGCGGAUAAUGUAACAAAGGCAUUUCGAGAGAGGUCUUGCUUCAUCGGAGAAAGAAAGAUCAUUUAAAUGUCUCAGACAAAUGAUGUGGUGAUUUUGCCUGAACUCAGUAAGCGCGUGUAUGAUUAUUGGGGAACGAUUUGCAGAGAGAGAUGGGAAUUCACAUAAAUCUCAAGUGCGGAAAGUAAUCGCUAUAUAAAAAUACAGAACGAGUUGACAGAAACUCGUGAAAUUUAUCAUAUAUAAAGAUAUCACCGUCGCACAAACAAAACAAUACAAAAUGGCUUUGGACGCAUUUCUGGUGGAGAUUAUAUUCGCGUUCGUGCUCGCCGGCACGUUGCUCUUUCAAUAUGGAAACAUGUUCCGGCAACACAUAAUAGUCACCUUUUCCGUAUUGAUAGCUUGGUACUUUUCUUUACUGAUAAUCUUCAUAUUACCUCUGGAUGUCGCCUCGACUGUAUUCAGACAGUGCGUGGAACAAAAUAUACACAACAACACUAAGAAUUCUGAUAACACCACCUCUACGCCACUUGUCACUUGUAGAGAACCUUGGCCGAAUGUGCCGGAAAAUGUGUUUCCAAAUUUAUGGAGAAUAGUUUACUGGACAUCCCAGUGUCUUACAUGGUUGAUACUUCCAUUGAUGCAGUCUUACAUAAAUGCAGGAGACUUCACUGUACGUGGAAAAUUGAAGUCUGCUUUGAUAGACAAUGCUAUAUAUUAUGGCAGUUAUUUGUUCAUAUGUGGUAUACUUUUGAUAUAUAUUGCUCUGAAACCUGGGUUAGAUCUCGACGGGCAAAAAUUGAAAGCCAUAGCGUCAUCCGCAUCCAACACGUGGGGCUUAUUUUUAUUAGUUUUACUGCUUGGAUAUGCACUCGUAGCUGUUCCUAGAAGAAUAUGGAAUAAAAGUAAACUUGGCUAUACGUUAAAUUACAAAUACUUCAGGGUGGCAAAGUUGAGCUUGGAAAAAUGUGAGGCGGAAGAGGCGGUAGAUGAUAUACUCGAGUCCUUACAAAUCGCAUCAAUAUCUAUCGGGCCUGGUCACCCGUUGCAUUGCAACUUGGAAACGAUAUUCCAAAAGAUACCCACGGAAUUGAAGGACAGAAUGAAUAGAAGACAAUUGCCCGAUGAUACUCCAGCAGACACACCUACCGAAAAGUCUUUGAUUCGUUUACACAGACAGACCAUAAAAGCAUUGCAAACUUUGCAACGCAUAGAAACUCAAUGGGGCAUUUUAGUGGGUAAGAUCUUCAAUUUAGAAGACAUAGUAAAGAAUCAAGUGAGUCACGAUAGAAGAUUUAAACCGUCUUUUCCCACACACCGCGCGCUGCCACUUCGCAUCAUCUUCAAUCCCGUUAUUGAAUGGUAUUGGAAGUGCGUCGUGAGCAUCUACAUUUUUAAGAUUGGUGCUAUCUGCGCCGGCUGCUUGUCGCUGGCUGUGGUAUGGUCGGAGGUGACAUUCUUCAACAAAUCUCCCGUGCUAUCGAUAUUCGCUCAGAUUAUCAAUCUAGCAAAGAGACACUAUGAUUACUUCUUGAUCGAGUUGCUGUCUGCUUUUAUCAUCUCGUAUGUUUGUUACUGCGCCUAUUCGACCGUUUUGAGAAUUCGCGUGUUGAAUCUUUAUUACUUGGCGCCGAAUCAUCAGACGAAUGAGUACAGUCUGAUAUUCAGCGGCAUGAUGCUGUGUCGCUUGACGCCGCCUAUAUGUCUCAACUUUCUGGGACUCAUUCACAUGGAUUCUCACAUCAUCAAAACGCAUAUUCUGGAAACGCAUUAUACCCAGGUGAUGGGUCACAUGGAUGUUAUUUCGAUAAUAUCCGAUGGAUUCAAUGUGUAUUUCCCUAUGGCGAUUCUGGCGUUUUGUCUGGCGACGUAUUUCAAGAUAGGCAGCAGAUUGCUCUCUAUGCUAGGUUUUCAACAGUUCCUCGAAGACGACGAGUUUACGACAGAUCUCGUGGACGAGGGAAGAGAAUUGAUAAAAAGAGAGAGACGCAAACGGCAAAGAGCGGAAGAUUCUAUGUAUAGGCGACGCGAAUUGCAAGAGAGAUUUAAUAUUUCCGUGGGCACAGGCUCGCGUUACAGAACGUCCCGACAAAGCACAGACACUGUACGGCCGCUGAAACGAGACGAAUCGGUCGAAUCGGCGAGGGCGGGUCUGCUGCAUGAUUUUGAUCCUGCCGAGUAUUACAUCGGCAUGACAUUCGGGAGCGAGGGUUACGGCGCGAACAAUCGCUGCGACGAGGACAACCAAGGUGAUAACGAUUCGUACGAUCCGAGCGUGAACACGAGGGCGUACUCCACGAACACGAGUCGCGUGGGUCCUCCGCCCAGAGGAUUAUUCGACGACAUUUAAAAAGUGACAUUUAUUUCCGCGACUGGUGCGAGUGAAAAAAAACUAUAAACUGGUUUUUAGAAUUUACACAUGUUUAUAUCGAGCAACACGUACGCGGGUCUGUCGACGUCACAUCGGAUAAAAUUGUGACUUAAAAAUUUAGUGCAAUAACAUUUUAUAUAUAAAUCGUAUAAACACACAUUGAAAUUUUACACGCCUCUAGUAUCUUAUUAAAAUCAAUUAUUCAAACGUCACAAGUUAAAGUAAAAAUUAUACUAUCGUGAGAUGUAAAACCAGUCGUAGCUUCUUUACGAGAACGAGCAGGCAGGGAGAAGAGAAGUUUCGUGAAAUCGAUCCCAAAGCGAAAGAGAAUUCGGUUCGAAUCAUAAUUGUUGCACCUCGUUAUUUUGUAACUUAUAACGAUUAAAUUCGUUAACGUAUAUCGUUGCGCAGCUACUUUGUAAUAUAAUUUUGUUUACGCAAGAAUAUUCGUAACGUAAUAAGUUACAGAAAUAUCGCGAAUGCGUCAGAAUAAGUUACGGAACAGGUUCGCUGGGCUCGGCAGUGCAAAAACAAAUUUAUUUAUUAUCUGUUUUGUAAGAAUUGAUGAACUGCAGAUGUAGCGUGUGUCUCGAUUAUUCUUUCUUUAGUUGUAUAUAUAAUUAAGUUUACGGUGAAGCUAAUAAAUAAUUUAUAUAGAACUCUAUCGAAUCACAUGCCCGAAACAGUUAUUUAUUGAUACUUAAUUUUUUUGUAAAUAAUGUAAAUUGUAGAUAUAUAGUUUUUUUAUUUUAUUUUUCAUCUAUGUACAUUUGUCGAUCUUUUAUAACAGUCCGAUUUUACAUCUCUAAUUUGGCGUAAUAUUGUUGUAUGUGUACGAUUUUAUUGAAAAUAAUACGAGAAAAUUCAGACAAAAUCUUAUUUGAGUUCAUAAUCACAAAUUUUCCUGUUCGCGCGCUUUGCGAUUUCUAAUUCUUACAAAUAAUGGCCAUGUAAUAUUAAUCCAUGUUUGAAAACGGAAACUUAAUUAACACUAGUGUGUAGUGACAAAAAUUAUUAACUGAAUUCAGAAGAAAGAUCAAGGGGAAAAAUACUUAAAAAGAGCGAGUUACAGUAUCUCUCAUUAAAAAAAUCCAUGUGUACCGCAAAGUGCGCGUUUUU